AUGUCAUCCGGUGUUAAUCGUGCUGCCGAAACGUUUUCACCACUUGAAGAAGUCACUAAAGCUGCACGCGAAAAUGUUGACUGGGACAAAGUUUAUCAGCAUAUUCUUUUGAACCCUAGAGAUCUUUUUGUUAUAUUACCUGGCCGCCGAUGGUCUAUCGCUCAUCAAACUGUUCUUCAUGGUGACGUUGCUCGUUUCAAACGUUUUAUUGUACUUUUUUCUCAUGACGAAGUUGACAUUCGUAUCAAAACAAAGGAUAAUAAGACUUUUCUCGAUAUUGCCACGUCAAAAAAACAAGCCCAUCCACAAAUGUACACGUACAUUGAGCAUUUAUUUAUGCAAGAUGAUUUAAUGAAAAAAGCAAAAGAAUGUGAUUGGCGUUCUGUGAUAGAAAUACUUGAACAACGAAAACAGUUAGCGAACGAAAAACCUCCAUAUUCGCCUUAUUUUCUUUUACAUUAUGCUGUCGAAAAUGGCAAUCUACAUAUUUUAGAAGAACUACUUACUAAUUAUCAAUGUUUCACAAAUGUACGUAAUAGUCAAAACGAAACGCCUUUAGAGAUGGCUAAAAGACUUAAUAAAAACGAUAUCUGUGCUUUACUCGAACGAAAAACAGCUACAGGACAACCUGCUCAUUCACCGGCGGCACCAUCACAAGUCAAAUUACAUAACACAUAUCAACAAUCUGCAAGUACUUCACCGGAUCUAGCGGAAAAUUCAUCGGCGGCAUUUCAACCGCUACCUUCACCCCCGGCAGCUACUCGUCCCAAUCCAACGCUUAUUGGUUUAGAUAAUAUUCGAAAAAGUAUUGAUGCAUUGUCGCAAAGUGAACAGAACCUUACGAAUUUAUGCGACACUCAACCACUAGUUUCAUCUCAGAAACCAAAUCCUCCGCCUAGUCGAUCGAAGAAAUCGAUUGUUCGAGAUUGUUCUCCAAGCGACUUCAAUCCAAUCCCACCUGUUGUUAUGUCAACUUCAGAAAAUUUGAAACCUCCUUCAUCUGACGUAAAAUCAACAUCGUUAUGCCCCAAAGCAGAUUCGUCGAAUGAACAAUUGAUGAAAAAGUUGAAAUGCCCCAUAACAGGACAAAUAAUGAAGCAUCCAGUUAUUGCUAGUGAUGGUAAUACAUAUGAACGAGCAAAUAUUAUUAACUGGAUUAAUACAUAUGGUCAUUCGCCGGAAACUGGUGAACCGAUGGAAGCAACAUUUAAGGAUGAUGAUGAGAUUAAGAAAAUUUUACAUACAAAGCUCGAAAGCAACUGA